AUGAUCGUAAUCUACCUUCUGGUGGUUGCCAGUGCAUGGCAAAGAGCGGUCGCGGAUUCUGAUGCCUGUUCAAGCAGUGUAAUUAUCUCAAAUCAAAGCGACGCAAAUAAGCUGAUUAAUUGCGAGACAUUUGAUGGAACCAUCACGAUAUCCUCUUCUGCCAGUGGAGUGAUCACCAUCAGUAAUGUCGAGGAAAUCAAGGGCGCCUUUAUUGCUGAGGGUGCCUCAGAACUUACGAAGAUCAUUGCCCCUGAUUUGGACAGUGUGCAAGGGGGUAUCACACUGAGCACCCUCAAUUCCCUCACAGCCAUAACCAUGGGCGCACUAUCACAAGUAUCUUCGAGUUUAAUCAUCACCGGGAAUCCGAGCCUAAAAACACUUGGGUUCCAAGAAUUGGAGGAAAUUGAAGGACAGUUGCCAUCAGCUCCCACCUUCCACGGUACUGAUGAAAAUCCCAGCGUGUCGCUACCUUCUCUCAAUCAAGUCAAAGGUCAGACAGUAAUUACAGGUAGCAGCUCGAUGUCAUGCAGUACAUUGGACAGCUUCAAGUCCAACGGCGUCUUCAAAAGCGGCUAUUCCUGCGUUACUGGCUCGUCUGGCCUGAGUCCAGGAGCCAAGGGUGGGAUCGCAGUGGGGGUUAUCGUGGCUGUGCUUCUGAUUGUGCUGGUUCUAUGGUUUGUGCUUCGGCGAAGGCGCCAAAGACGGAGAGCUGGACAGACCCAGUCGACUAUUCCAUCGUCAUCAACCCCAUCAACUGUCCUGGCACAUGAUGAAAAGGCCCCCAUUUCUCAAGGCAGCGUCUCACCUCACGAAGAACCUUCACAUCCGGCAGAACCGCAGACUCUCUUGCCCCGGAAGCCAGUGGGGUCGGCAAUAUUUUUGGAUAGUCGCUCAAUUUAUGAGGCACCUAAUGCAUCCGCUCGAGAUCAGGAAUGUCAUGAGCUGGACGCAGGACCAAUCUUAAGCUCUCAUCAGCGACCAAUAAAUGCAGGCUUAAAGGAUGGCCAUGGCCAAUUUACGAGCAGAGAUCAUCUUGAUAGCACUUGCAGCCGCCGUGAGAUAGCGUAA